AUGAUUAAUUUUAAAAUUAUAAUUUUUCUUUUUAUUAUAUUAUCAAUAGCUAAAGCAAAUAAUAAAUUUAAUAUAGUCAAUAAUUCAACAAUAGAAGGUUAUUUCUUUUAUAAAUUUAAUGAAAAAUAUGAAUUUAAAUCAAUUAGUCAAGAAAAUCCAAAAGAAUAUAAGUUUAAUAAUCAAUCAAUAAAUUUACCAAGAGGAAUGGAUUUUAAUUUUUUAAAUGAUAAUUUAGAUUCAUCAAUUGUAGAAGCAAUCAUUAUUGAUGAUAAUGAAAGUAUUAUAAAUAUAAUUGGAAUUUAUCAACCAAUACAAACAACAAUAAUAAAUCAUCAAAAAGGAAAAAUAUUUGAUGGUGAUACUAGUAUUGAUUAUUAUAAGUACAAUGAUAAAGAAAAACUAUAUAAAAGUUUAAAAAAUGGUAAAAAAUAUGAUAUUGAUAACAAAUCAUUAAAUAGUCCUUAUAGAGAAUUAGAAGGUUUUGAUAAUCAAUGGUAUAAUUCUGAUAUUGGUUUAGAUAAUUCAAUUCUUGUUAUGAAAUUAACAUCAUCAUCAUCAUCUUUAAAUGAAAUUUAUUAUAAUCAAAAAAUAAUAUUAAUGUAUUCAAAAGUUGAAUUUUGUUAUUCAGAAUUUCCAGAACCCACAAAUUUUAAUCCAUACUUUAUUGUAAAAAGAAAUAGAAUUGAUCCAUUAUCAAAAUGUUCACCACCAACUGGAAUUGUAAUUGCAUUAGGUUGUGAACCAAUUCAAACUCCAAAUUGUACAAAUGGUUUAUCUUUAAUUUCUUUUAAUGAUCCAAAGUUUUAUUGUUCAAUUUAUUAUUGUGAUAUUCCAAUAUUUUAUUAUUAUUAUAUUUAA